AGCGAUGGGCUUCAGCUGCAGACAUGGCCGGAGAGACGUCGCCCCCUACUGUUGCUUUCAGGUCCAACCAUCCGGAGCCAGAACACAACAUCAGCGGAGACCGAAGGCUCAGUGUUACUCAGGAACAACUCCAUGAGGUUGUGAAUAUUAUGAAAGCAAAUGUGGAUAAAGUUGUAGAAGUCGACAUCUCAGAAUUAGAAUACAGCAGCGCCGCAGAAGAAUGGAGGAGGAAAUACUGGAGGAAGAACUGCAAGAUGCUGGUUGUUGUGGUCCUGAUCUGCGCUGUCGUAUUGAUUAUUAUAUGUAUCUAUUACCUCACAUCAUAGGAGCACCGGAUGUCGACCUGGAGUUCUGCAUUCUUCUCAUUGCACAUGUAGCCGCAUAGUCCAACCACUAGGAUACCCGGUGCUGCCAAUCCUGCUCCGCUGAGUCUUCCUCUGCCCCAUCUGGUAUCUGUCAGAUGUAUGGGAGAUGUUCUGUUCCUAAUCCACUAUUGCAGCUGUGACUAUUUACAGAUAUGGCUGGCGCUGGCCUGUGGGUAACAGCCGACACCUCCUGUGUCUGAGAUAAUAUAGUCGAUAUAGCAUCACCUGCUGGGAAAUAUGUGACAGGU